GACGCCCCUCCCCUGCCUCUCCAGCAUCAGCACCUCCAAACCGAGCGAGGCGACCCGCGGCUGGGGGAAAAAGGAUGCUCCGCGGUCCGCGAUGCUUACCAGCUCGAGGAAGCGCGGCGACGGCACGGCUAACCGAGGGACGCUCGAGCCGCUGGGUAUAGUCGCCGCUCUCUGCACGUUUAUGCUGCCUCGCUGCCUCCAUUCAUGAUGCACCAUUCAUGCAUCCCCAAGAAUGGAAGCACACCGCGAGGACGAAACAUGAAAUUAGCCUGUCAUAGCCGCGCGGUCUCGACUUUAUAAGACGCGUCCUCGCUCGUUUGCUGGAGCCGCCUCUCAUGUAGGUCAAGGUGAUGAAGAGCCCGAUUUUGUCUUUUGAGGGCGCCGCGCGAAUGUAGGGCUGAUACGGGAAAGCCGAGCAAACAAAAGGCAUCCAGCAACCCCCCCACCCCCCCACCCUCCACUGACGCACCUGGCUGCCCUGUCGCCACUUGACAUGACAGCGCAGAGCCAGGAGCAGAGCAGCAGGAUCAAGGGGCACCGACGUGCAGCCGGACGCGUGGACUCGACAAGGAUCAGGGGAGCCUCCGGACACACGGCGGAGCAGCAGCAGCAGCCCAGGGGAGGCCGGAUUGCAGUUUCUGGGGACGAGCGCCAAGGGCAGUGCGGCAGUCAGCAGGCAGACCGGGGGGAGGAGGCUGCGGAGAUCUGUGAUACUUCCCCCCCCCCCCAAAGGCCCCACUGCGCUCUCACCUCCACAUCAUCCUGAUCAUAUGAUGCUGGGUGCUUUUAGGUUUGAUCAAUGUUGACUGUGAUACUCCCCAUUAUUUCCUCCCCUUUCCCCCCCCUUUUCCCAAAUAAUCAGCGAUGAUUGGCAAGUAAGAGAUUAGAUCUGCUCUUCAGGAAAGGGUGGAACCCAGAGGGGACCGAUGUGCAUACUGGCCAGGUACCAUUUGCUCCCUUCUUCUCUGGUUUUGCUCAUUUUGCUUGUCGCCGCCUGCACUAUGGGCUGUAUUCAGAGCAUCGCAUGCAAGCCCCGCAUCAAACGGGAGAACAUUGUGGUGUAUGAGGUGUCGGCCUCUAUUGACCAGUGUCCCACCAUCAUUGAGGAGAACUCACCGAUUGUGCUCCGUUACAAGACGCCUUACUUCAGGGCCUCAGCCGGGGUUGUGAUGCCACCAGUGCCCCGGAACGAAACCUGGGUGGUGGGCUGGAUCCAGGCUUGUACCCAGAUGGAGUUCUACAACACCUAUGGUGAUAUUGGCAUGUCGAGCUGGGAGUUACCAGAGCUGCGAGAGGGUCGGGUCAAGGCCAUCAGCGACUCAGAUGGCGUCAGCUACCCCUGGUACGGCAACACCACCGAGACAGUCACCCUGACCGGGCCCACGUCCAAACCGUCCCGACUGACGGUGAGCAUGAACGACAACUUCUACCCCAGCGUGACCUGGGCGGUGCCUAUCAGCAACAGCAACACGCCCAUGCUGACCCACAUCACCAGGGACCAGAGCUUCAUCACAUGGCUCGUGGCCAUGAACUCUGUCACCAAGGAGCGUAUCGUGCUGCAGACGGUGCGGUGGCGGAUGCGGGUGGACAUUGCCGUGGACCCAGACAUGCCGCUGGGCUCUCGGGCCUCGUUGGUGGGCCGUCCCUACCAGGAGCAACCGCACAUCCUCAACUACCAGGAGCCCAUUCCUCCCAACGCGCUGGGGAGGCCGAAUGCCAACGACGCCCAAGUGCUAAUGUGGAGGCCGCGGAGAGGGGCGCCACUAGUGGUCAUACCGCCAAAAUAAGAGCGUCAAACUGUCACACGGACUAAAAUGUAAUUGUUCCCAGUUGCAGAAGAGGAGGGAUGAAGGUGAUGAAGACGUGAGGCCAGUCAGAGCAGAGAAAACUGAAGGUUUCGCUGCGCUCAAGAUGCCAGUGGCUCAUUAUCCCUGAAAGAUUUAAGUGGACUCGUCGAACAAGCCAGAGUGGAUGUUACAUCUUGGACCUGACACAGUACGGUGUCAGAACAGAAGUCUACAUCGAACUUGAGUAAAGGGCCCGGCUUGCAUCAAGGCUCGUUUGGCCCCUUGACAAGUUUUGGACCGUAUUUAAGAGUUCUGCCUGCUUUUAAGCGAAGAAGGAACGCUGUUUUUUUUUUUUUUUUUUUGUUUGUUUGUUUUUUUUUAGAUGUACCACAGAGGUGUUAGAUCACAACGAGCCCUGCAUCCUGCAUCCUUAUGUAGAUCUUAUUGCAUGAGAGAGUGAGAGAGACACACAAAAAAACUGUCCUUGAGAAGUUUAAGAAUAGCAUUUGUUUUGUAUAACUUGAUACCUGAAGACAUUUUGAUUGAAAAGUCAGCCAAAAAAACCCCUGCGGGCUGCUUAAACCUCGUCGGUGCCAACAAAGGCCUUUUUCAGCACACUCAGUACCAGAGUUAAAGGAUGUAUUCAGAAGAUUUAAAAGAGACAAAGUAUUAUAUGGAUCUUUUUAGUUUAAGAUUAACUCAUGCAUCAAUCAGAUUGUAUUAAGAGCACCCACCUUGCAUAAAAGUCUGGAAGAAAAAAAAACAAACCUGCUGUAGUUUUCUCUUGACUUUUGCUAAUACACCAACAUGUUUUCAACUCAUAGUGCAGCUGAUCUUGUAUCCAGACGGAUGAUGAACUCUCAGAGAGAUGAGCUGGACCCGUUACCGCAUUGAAUAAAUAACAUCAGCUAUGCUUUUAAUAAGUGAGGUCCAAAUGACUUGGGACAGUGCCAUACAACUAAUUUAAAACAAUAGGGGUGGUAGCAGUCGAGGCCAUGCAUAUUGCAGCUGGAUCGGGGCCCAAUUGUACUCCUACCUAACCUAAUGUAGAUUUGAUGUGGCACUAAUCAGGCCGUGUCGCAUUACCGAGUUACAUAAAUCUAACUGCAAUCAGGGAAUUCAAAUGUACUCUUAACAGCUUCCUCGGUGUGGAAUUAAACCAGACUGCAUUUUGAAAAGGAUUUAUUUGAUUCAGUGCCGUUUUUUUUGUACGAGGUCGUAUCACAGUUUCUCCUCAUAUCAAUAAAGUUGCUGUAUGUAGUUCUGGGGAAUCCGUUUUGAUCAGGAGAGAAAGAUCUUCAUCGACUGAUUUUAUGCUUAAAGAAAUUAAAUAAACUCUCUUUGUUUUCUCGACUGAAUAAACUGCUUAAACAAACUGACCUUAAAGGACAACAAGAUUCUUACUGUUUUACUCAGUCUAUAUGUGGCGGACCCUGCCACCUUUCUAGCUUCAAACAGUGUUCUGGGACCUUAUUUUUGUCUGAGAACAGCCUGUUUAUUCAGUCAUGGAAAAAUAAAAUCAAUAUUUCAUUUACUUUUGUGUCAUCACCUCAUUAAUAUUAUAAAUGUAAAAAUUAUCGUUCCCCAAAACUACAUAGCGCCCCUUUGACAUGUGUUAGUCAGCAGCAGGUUUCUGCAGAUAACCGCAGAUAAACCUUCCCAUGUCACGGCUCUGGUCUGUCCAGUGGCUCAUACUGGACUCCGUCCAAGUCCCUGCCUGCCACUCCACGCAUGAGUCACAUGACUCAUCCUCCAUCUGUGCUUCUCUCCAGGUUCACGCCUCACCUUCCCAUCUGCCCGCUCCUUUUUCUCCCCUUUCUGUCCACCUCACGACACACGCACUCCAACCGAUUGUACUCAUUUGCUCUUAAAUCCACAACUAUGCAACUGCUGUCUGUCUGACAAAACUGCCAAAAUAGGAACAAUGGGUUGUUUUUGUUCAUCUGCCUCAAUGCUGUUUUUACUUGUCAGGGACAUUGUUGAAUAAAAAAAAAAAAUGGCUGUCACUACCAAUGCGAAAUACUCAAAGAGGUUAAAAUAGGUUAUAUUAAUUCAGUGUGUCUACACAUGUCAGGGCACCGCAGCUCAUUCAGCCAUCUGUUGCUAUAGAGACUGGUUUAGUGUUUCUGGGUGCACUGCAACUGGAACGGGAAGAAAAAAGAAAACAGUUCAAAGUAUUCAUGGGUGUGCCUAGCUCUGUGUGUAUGCAAGUGUGUGAGAGUGUGCACACACGCAUAGUUACAGCCUUAUUUAUCCAUCCAUUUCACUUUGAAGUAAGAAAAAAGAUCAAGGCAGAGCUGGUUGUGUCCGCAUGAAAGAUGCUUUAAUUUAUGCAUUUGUUCUUCUGUAAAAGACCUUCGUUUUGCAUUUAAAUAACAGUCGAGCAAGUGCUUUUGAUAUAAAUACUCAGACUGUGAGCAGCAAGGUCAGAGCAGUCAUAUCCCAUCUCAUCUCAUCGAAAAAAGAAUAUUCAGCAUCUUUGAACAGAGGUAAUCUCUCCUCUUUGCAGCAAGUUAGUUCCUCGUUCCACCACUAGAUGGAAGCUCUGUCAUGGAUUUUCCAACCCUCUCAUCACCGUUGAUACCCUUUUUGUUUUAGAAAUACACCCAUUUUCCUCACAUCCCAUAGCAUAUAAAUACACAAGCCAUGCUUUCAUCCUGACCACAACAAGAUCCCUUUAAACAUACAAACAGUGCAUUUCCAUGAGAUCAUUUAGUCAUACAGUAUGUUAGAUUCACUGCAACAUUGUUUGAUGAUAUGUUAAGUUAGAUCUACAGUACUCCUGUCAGUAUUUUAUAAGAAAAACCUUAAAAAAAAACACACACACACACACACACACACACACACACACAGAUAUA